AUGAAAGAUCUUCGUCCUAUCUCUCUGUGUAAUGUAGUGUACAAGCUGGUUGCCAAAAUGCUAGCCAACAGAUUGAAACUUGUGUUGUAUAAAUGUGUCUCGGAGGAACAGUUGGCGUUUGUUGAAGGCCGGUCCAUCAUUGAUAAUGCUUUGGGUUCUACGGAGAUUAUUCAUGCCUUAAAGAGAAAGACAAGUGGUAAUACUGCCCAUUUGGCUUUAAAGAUUGAUAUUAGCAAAGCUUACGAUAGAGUGGAUUGGGGGUUCCUUCGUGCUAUUCUUCUUAGAUUGGGCUUUGAUGAGAGAUGGAUACAUUGGCUUAUGAUGUGUGUGACUUCGGUGCAUUAUUCUGUUCUUGUUAAUUCGGAUAGGGUUGGACCAAUUAUUCCAGGAAGAGGUCUGAGGCAAGGAGAUCCCCUUUCUCCAUAUCUAUUCAUCCUCGUGUCUGAAGGACUUUCUGCUCUUAUUAAAGGAGCUGUUUCUCGAGGAGAUCUUCAUGGAGCACAUAUAUGCAGGAGGGCACCUAGUGUGGCAAAUCUGGUGGAGGUGACAAACCUUAUGAAUAUUCUUAAUACUUAUACUGAGGCGACAGGUCAGGAGAUCAAUUUGGCUAAGUCUGAAGUGUUUUUUAGCCGUAAGUUGAGUGGUCCGGCCCAGGAGGAUCUAGCCAGAUUAAUGGGGGUAAAACAUGUAAUGGGCACAGGAAUGUAUUUGGGGUUACCUUCGAUGAUCGGAAGAAGUAAGAAAGCGGUGUUCUCUUUUAUCAAAGAUAGAAUUUGGAAACGCAUCAAUACUUGGAGUGGUAGAUCUUUGUCAAGAGCAGGGAAGGAGGUUAUGAUUAAAUCAGUUCUCCAGUCAAUACCGGCCUAUAUUAUGAGUGUUUAUUUGAUUCCGGAUGGGGUGGUGAAUGAUAUUGAAAGAAUGCUUAAUUCGUUUUGGUGGGGAGGUGGUCGUAACAACAAAGGUAUUAGGUGGUUGGCUUGGGAUAGGAUGACUAGUUCGAAAAGUGAAGGAGGUAUGGGUUUUAGGGAUUUUAAAGCUUUUAACAUGGCUAUGGUUGCAAAGCAAGGGUGGAAUAUUGUGUCAAAACCUGACACUCUUGUGGCUAGGAUCUUUAAAGCAAGGUAUUUUCCUAAUUCCUCUUAUCUUGAUUCUAAGAUCGGUAACAAUCCAAGUUAUGCUUGGCGGAAUUUGUGGAAGGCUAAGGAAGUCCUAAGAAUUGGUAGUCAGUGGAGUAUUGGAAGUGGGAGUAGUAUAAAGGUGAUGUAUGAUCCGUGGAUCCGUGAGAAAGAUGGAUGGUGGGCAAACGGUCCGCAAUGUCAAAAUGUGUAUAACCUCUUUGUUAAGGAUCUUAUGCUUCCAACCAUCAAGCAGUGGGAUGUUAUUAAGGUAAAACAACUUUUCGACAAUGAAGGGGCUGAAGCCAUUCUUAGAGUUCCCUUAGUGGAGGAUGUAGUGAACGACAGGUUGAUUUGGCACGAGGAGGAGAAUGGAGAGUAUAGUGUGAAAUCGGGUUAUAAACUGUGGAAAGGUUGGCUUAGUAGUACUCGGCAACACGGUAUGGAGAGUAGGUGGAAGAAUAUUUGGAGUAUUACAGCGCCACCUAGAGCUAAGCAUUUACUUUGGAGAAUCUGUAAUGGAUGCCUCCCAACGCGCUUAAAGCUUCAACAACAUCAUGUUCAGUGCCCGUCUGUAUGCCCUUGGUGUGAGGUGGAUGUUGAAGAUGAGUGCCGUGAGGAUCGUAGGGAUGCGGGUAGAUUUGCUGUUUUGUUGGAGGUGCUUUGGAGGAGUAGGAAUAAUGUGGUUUCAGUAGUGUGCAUGGUACUACAAAUAAAGGGUGGUGUUUUAGGGAUCACUUGGGGAGAUUUGUUUCAGCAGGUGUGUCCUGGGAUGCGGGGUUUUUUUUCCGUGAUUGAAGCGGAAACUAUCGCCUUGAAGGAAGCUAUCCAGAAUACGAUUUUCCUCCAUCUAUCUCAUGUUAUUUUUGAAAGUGACUAUCAACUUAUCAUUAAGUCUAUUCACGAUUCAAAAGUGGGUAGUUCUGAAUUUAGUGUUAUUAUUAAUUCUAUUCGGCAGUUAUUAGCUUUGUUUCCGAACUUUGAGGUAAAGUUCAUUAGGCGCCAAGCGAAUUUGGUUGCUCAUGCUUUAGCUAAGGCGGCCAAUUCUUGGGCUAGGCGUAGCUUCAUUAAUAGUGUACCUCCUUGUAUUGAACCUUAUUUGUUGAAUGAUAUCAGUUAA